CCCCUCUGAGCUCCCGCCCAAGGCCUGCAGGGAGCGGCCGGAAGGCGCAGGCCGCUCAGGGCUUUGCGGAGGAACCUCAGAGGGUUCCUGCUGCCCCGCUCCGGACGCCGCCCUCCCUUUGACCCCAUUGAAAUCCCUUUGUCCGAGUACGAUUCCUCAUCCGCCCCUUGGGACAAACGGGGUAAAAUCGGGGGGAGGAUUUGAGCUGUGGCCAUCCAGGCCUCCCUCCGCGUCUUCCCUCAGCACCCCAGGAUGAAUGGCUGCGGCACGAUGCCCUGGGGCGCCUAGCCUGGGAGAUGCUGCCCGGGGAUGGAUGGGACGCGCUUGAGUCCCAUCUUGUUCCAUCCCCCUCUACGCCGCGAACACAGUCUCUGGCUCCUCACCUGUGUUAUCGGACGCUCAGCUGUUAUUUAGAGCCACUUGCUCAGUGCUGGAGCAGCUAAUGUCACCAAAGCCCACAUUGUUCCGUUCCUGUUUUCUGUGACUUGGCUGACCAGUUCAGGCCCUAUGCAGGAGGACAGUUCAAUGGGGACUGUGCUACAGCGGCCUUUCCCUUUGGAUUGAAGUCAGAGUGGGCUAAUCAACUUUAUUCCCAGCUGUAGAACGCGUACAGGGAAAGACGCAAACGCCCAUGCUACCGCAACAGAGCCCCGAGAAACAGGACAAUGUGCCUGGGAACAAGUGAAUGCUGAGGAUGGGUUUUGGUUCAGUACCUUGGUGGUGGUGGUAUUUCCCCUCCUCAUCUCUCUAAUUGUGUGUACUUUGCAUUAUUAUUUGCAGACUAUCACAUCGCAUACUAUUCUCUAUAGUUCCCAGCUCUGAGAACUUCAUGUGGCUUCCCCAGCUCUGGGAGUGUCACAAAUAGGCAGGUUCAAAUCAGUGGUUUGACAGACAGGCAAGAAGAGCCAGCGUAAAUGUUGCACGCAUGUACCCUUAUUGGUGCUUCUCUCUCCUCCCUCCCCCUGACCUUUCCUCCACUAGGCAGCCAGUAGCUGCUGGAACCUCAACCCCAGAGGGAGGGGAAACAAGAAGAGUUCCUUAAAUUGCUUCCUGAGCUCCUGAAGGGCUCCUGUGAUUAAACGCAGACACAGUCGUGGACUGAGGAUUGAACCCAGGGCAGUUUUCAACACCAGCAAUUGGACUAACCCACUGUCAUGUUCUGCAGGGUCAGGCUUGUCAGUCAUUUAUCUACGUGGAGCCCUGGCCCCAGUCACAAGCUGUGGAAGCUGAGCUGCCUUCUGCCUCGGUGCCCAAAGCUGAGCUGUAGAGGAACCAAGAUGUCUGCGGGUCAGAGUCAGAAAGUUGAGACCCGGGACAAAUGCACCUUGCAAGAGCUGAAGGUGCCGUUUGCCAGGACUGAAGUUGGGACCUUUUUCCAAGAGCAGCCCAGGAUUGGAAACCAGUACCUAGAAGAUGCUUUCCUUCAGCGUUACUUGAAAACACACCUGCCAUCCCAGGUGCUGGAGAAGGUGAGUCUGGAUCUGGAGAGGUUUGGGGCCCGUGUGGCAGCCGAGAUUGACUCUCUGGGGCAUGAGUGUGAGUUGAACCCUCCUGCACUGCAGCACUAUGAUGCUUGGGGGCAGCGUGUGGACCACAUUGUCACUUGCCCAGCCUGGAAGAGGAUGAAGGAGAUUGCAGCAGAGGAGGGGCUGAUCGCUGAGGCCUAUGAGAGGAGAUACUCCAACUGGAGCCGUGUGUACCAGGUUGCCAAGCUGUACUUAUAUGCACCUUCCGCUGGCCUCUUUACCUGCCCACUGGCCAUGACUGAUGGAGCAGCUAAAGUCAUUGAGUCUCUGGGUAUUUCAGGACCUCUAGUAAAAGCUUUUGGCCACCUGACAUCACGCGACCCCAGGAAGUUCUGGACCUCUGGCCAGUGGAUGACGGAACGCAAAGGAGGCUCUGAUGUCGCUAAUGGCACAGAGUCAGUGGCCAGAGAGCAGCCAAAUGGUACAUAUUGCCUCUAUGGUUUUAAAUGGUUUACAUCAGCCACUGAUUCAGACAUGACGCUGACCCUAGCAAGGAUCAUGGAUGCUCAGGGACAUGUAGAACAGGGCUCCAGAGGCCUGUCCCUGUUCUUCUUGGAGGUGCGAGAUAAGGAGGGGAAGCUGAACGGCAUUGAGGUGCAAAGGCUAAAGGAGAAGCUGGGGACGAGGCAGGUGCCAACAGCUGAGCUGCUGCUGGAUGGAGCCCAGGCACACCGGAUCUCUGCAGAGGGUCGGGGUGUGGCCUCCAUUGCCAACAUGUUGACCAUAACUAGGAUCCACAAUGUCAUCUCAGCAGUGGCUGGCAUGAGGAGGAUAAUUAACCUGGCCAGAGAGUAUGCCAGCAAGCGGGUCGUCUUUGGGAAGCUCAUCAAGGACCAUCCUUUGCACAUGCAAACCGUGGCCCGGCUGGAGGUGGAAACUCGAGGGGCCUUUCUCAUGCUCAUGGAGAUAGCCAGGCUGCUGGGAUUAGAUGAGACCAAGAUGGCCAGUGAGCAGGAACUGCAUCUUCUCAGGCUGCUGACACCAGUGGCUAAGCUCUACACUGGGAAACAGGCAAUUGCUGUUAUUUCUGAGGGACUGGAGUGUUUUGGAGGGCAGGGCUACAUAGAGGACACAGGCUUGCCAGUUGCACUUCGAGAUGCCCAGGUGCUGACCAUCUGGGAGGGAACGACAAAUAUCCUCUCACUUGACGUGCUGCGCUCUCUCACCAAAAGCCAAGGCCAGGUGCUAGCUGCAUUCUGCUCUGGAGUGCAGGGGAAGCUGGAGCUGGCUUCCAGCAUUUCAGAACUGGAAUCUUCUGUGCAGCUACUUCAGGAUGCUCUCAACAGGCUUGGCCAGUUCACUCAAAGAGUUGGCUCCAAGGGGGCAAUUACAAUGGAGCUAGCAGCAAGAGACUUUGCCUAUACUCUGGCAAAGAUCUACACAGGGGCUCUCUUACUUGAACACGCAGCCAGUCCUGACGCCUCCUCCACAGACACCUACGCAGCUCAGAGGUGGUGCAAACAGGAUCUUUGUCCAGUAGACUCAGAAGAAAAAGCUGGCUGUUAUGAUGCCAAGGCAGCUUCCCUGGAUACCUCCUUGGUUUAUGAGAGAAACCCAGUUUCGAAAGGAAAGCUGAACUGAAGCUAACUGAGAAAGAUCAUACCUCACUUUGGAAGAGAAAUUGGAUUACAAUCCUGGCCAGUGCCUGGGGCAUCCAGUACAAAUUGCAUUUGCUUAUAGUAUGCGUAAUAUUUAGGGUUAUGCUAAACAAAUUGGCUAUGACCAUCUGAGUAUCACCAAUAGUCUCUUUCAGGAGGAGUUGAAAAGAAACGUGCUUAGAAUGUUUUAGGCAAACAUCUGGUGGUCAAAUGCAGAUCAUGAAUUUAAUAAGCAGACUCUGAAGUGUUAAUGAGUAUUCUUUUCAACACUGAGACAAAUUAAAAAACCAAAGCUACAUCUGAAGUCUGGUCUCAAACACAGAAGUCACAAAAGUUUAUAAAAUGGGCUUUUAGCUUUGCAACACCACUUCCCCACCCCCUCUCUCUGAGCCAACACCCUACAUCUGCAAUGCUGCCUCCAGCAGCUUUGUGUCAGUGGAGAGUUCCCCUCCACAAGGACAUUCCCCACUGGCCACUUUAGCCACACGAAUCUGGCUCCAAAGUUGUAGUAUAACUUGAGAACAUAAGUCCCAUCUACACUGUGAUGUAACUAGGUUUCUCAACUUAGCAGUUUUCAUCUUAAUAUAUGAUAUGGUCCUUUGUAAUAGGUCCUGAUUGCAGCUGGGUAGGACAAAGGACCAUAUCAUAUAUUAAGAUGAAAACUGUGUAUUAUCCUGUAACUGAACCUAGAGCCAAGCUAGCUAACCAUUGUGUAGUAUUUCGGCUAGCUGUGCUUGUGAUUUCCUCUUUAAUUUCUUCCUUGUUACAAAUAAUUUUUGCUUAAACUUAAGAUAAUUGGACUUAAGAUAACAUGGAGACUUUAAGCUGGGAAUGCCUCUUGUUGGAGGCCUUGGAAAACAGGACAAUGACCUCUGAGGAAGCUGAAUCUGGAGUAGAUGUAAUGGUUUGCGCAUCUGGCCAGAUGAGGAAAGAUGAGAUCCUCUUUUUCAGGCAAUGCCAAAAAGAGACAGAUAUCAGUCAGCAUGGUUAUAGGGGGGUGCUUGGCAGAGUUCCAGUUACCCUAUGGAUAGGGUAAAAAAAUGGUUACAUUUUAUUAGUGAGGAAGUGUACACAGGAAUUGUUAAAUAGAAACUUGAUGCUAUUGAGACAUGCAUGUCACAAGACAGCCUCAUGCAGAGAAGUACCUUAGGGCAAGUCUACUCUACAAAAUUAAGUUGACCUAAGUUAUGUCAACGUACAGCCACCGCAGUAAUUGUAUCUGUUUUACAUGUCCACAUGACACUCCUUGUGUUGGCAGUGCACAUCCUCACCUGGAAUGCUUGCACCAAUUUAACUGCCAGUGUGGGACACUGUGGGACAGUUCCUGAUAGGCAGUAACACUCAAUGUAAGCAAUGCAGUGUCUACAAUGUCACUGCAUCAACCUAACUAUGUGACGGGUUGGAUCACAGAAAUUCCCUUGGGACUACCACCUAAUAUGCCAAGACUACUUCUGCUCCCGCUUUCCCUGCCAGCUUGGGACUCCAGCACCCUGUCUUGUUGAGCCAGACAUGCCAGUCUGCUCCAACACAGACCCAGGGUCUGACCCACGUGCCCCAAAGCUGCAGACUUAACUGAAAGCAGCUUAAGAAAUGUUUCUGUCUUUAACACUCAGAUGCCCAACUCCCAAUGAGGUCCAAACCUCAAAUAAAUCUGCUUAUAAAGCUUAUACAGGAUAAACUCAUAAAUUGUUCGCCCUCUAUAACGUUGAUAGAAAGAUAUGCAGAGUUGCUCCCCCCACCCCGGUAUUAAUAUAUACUCUGGGUUAAUUAAUAAAUAAAAAGUGAUUUUAUUAAAUACAGAAAGUAGGAUUUAAGUGGUUCCAAGUAGUAACAGACAGAACAAAGUGAAUUACCAAGCUAAAUAAAAUAGAAUACACAAAUCUAUGUCUAAGAAAACUGAAGACAGAUAAAACCUCACCAGUUCCAGUAAGCUUCCUUUUACAGACUUGGCUCCUUCUAGUCUGGGUCCAGCAAUCACUCAUGCCCCCUGAAGUUACUGUCCUUUGUUCCAGUUUCUCUCAGGUAUCCUUGGGGGUGGAGAGGCUAUCUCCUUAGCCAGAUGAAGACAAAGUGGAGGGGUCUCCCAGGGGUUUUAAUAGAGUUUCUCCUCUGAGUGGACACCCCUCCUUCCCCCUGUGUAGAAUCCAGCUACAAAAUGGAGUUGUGGAGUCACAUGGGCCAGUCACAUGUCCAUGUAUGACUUAGAACUUACAGGUAGCAGCCAUGGAUCACAUGCUAUCUUGAACAUCCUCAAGUAGACUUUUUAUGUGGAUUGGAGCAUUUCAAGAUCCAUUGUCCCUUAAUUGGGCACUUAAUUUGCAAAUUCCUUUCUCAAGAAACUUACCAAAUGCUUUACAAAGGCUACAAGUCAGUACACACCCAAUAUUCAUAACUUUGAACACAAAAAUGAUACCCUCAUACAAAUAGAAUUAAUAGAGUCAGUAGACAUAACCUUUACAGAGACAUGUUACAUGGCAUAUGUAGCAUAAAACAUAUUCUAGUUAUGUCAUAUAUAUAUUUAUAAGUAUAUUUCCAUAAAGCCUUUUGAGGGGGCACCAGUCAAACUACAUCGACUUAAGCACUACGCCUCUUGUGAAAGUGGAGUUAUUAAGUUGCUGUAGUGGGCGAGUUACAUCGGUGCAAGCUACAUUGUAGCGUAGAUGCUUACAGAGUUAGGUUGACAAAAGCUGCCUCUGUAGUGUAGACCAUGCCUUAGUGUAUUAGAAGUUGAAUUGUUAAGGUACAGUACUGCGCCAAACUUAUCUCUAUAUGUUGUUAAAAAUCCAUCUUCGGUGAGAUCAUAUACAUAAGGUAGCUGAUAAAAUUGCUUAGAUCUUACAUUUCGGUUGUAAUCUUUUUUAUAAUCAGUGCAAACAACUUAAAAUGUGAAACCAUUUCUUUGAACAAGAUGGUUGAGUGAUUUGGCACAGGCUGCAAUAAAAGAAUUGGGAAAAGGUUAAA